AUGAGUGUGCACAACUUCACCACAUUUGGAAUUAGAAGACCAAAGAAUCACAUUCAAUCCCUAAAUUGUAAGCUAGAAACCCACUCUCAAAAUAUAGACAGAGUCAGUGCCAACAUGUUUGAUGGAGACCCACACUUCAUCAUAGCCGUACCGCAGAAAGAAGAUGCUCUUUGUUUCAAUAUUAAUGAGGAGCCCGGGGUAGUGUUAAAUUUGAUAAGAGAUCCAGUAACAGGUAUGACCGUCAAUGGACAGCUUAUUGGAGAUAAAAAGAGUAUCAACAAUGUAGGACCACAGAACACGUAUUUUGGAAAACUUGGGAUUGUAACUAUGAAUCGGAAUGCAAAGAAUGCCUUGACAAAAAUAGUGGAAGAUUUAAAGGAAGAAGAUCACUUCAAUAUCAUCCUGUUUGAAAGUUCAGUUUCAAAAUGGAAAGAUCACUUAAUUCAAGCUACUCCGGAGAAUGUGAAUCAAUCAAAGGAAUUUAUUAGCGAAAUAAAUGCAUGGGGAGGAACAAAUUUUAAUGAUGGUUUACUGACUGGCAUUGAAAUGCUAAAUAAAGCUCAUGAAACAAAAUCUGUACCUGAAAGAAGUGCCUCUUUAGUUAUCACCUUAUCUGAUGGGGAGGCCAAUGUAGGUGUAUCAAAUCCCAGAGAAAUUCAAGAAAAUGCUAAGAAUGCAACUAAAGGAAAACAUCCUAUAUACAAUCUUGGGUUUGGUUAUGAUGUCGACUAUGGAUUUUUAGAGAGAAUAGCAACAGAAAACAAUGGUGUGGCUCGCCGGAUCUAUGAAGACUCAGAUGCAGCCUUGCAAUUACAGGGUUUUUAUGAUGAAGUAGCCAAUCCUUUGCUUACUGAAGUGGAGUUAGGCUAUAAGGAAAAUGCCAUCUCAGAUUUGACUCAAAACAGUUUNGCUCUACAGAGAAUCAUUAAAACUGCCCAGAAUAUCACCGGUUUGACACUAAUAAUCAAACGAAAACGGAGCGUAGAGGUUUCGAUGGACAAUGGAGCAAAGUUUGUUGUUGUUCUACACCAAGUGUGGAAGAAACAUCCACUCCACCGAGAUUUCCUGGGAUUUUACAUGGCGGAUAGUCACAGAUUAUCUGAACAAACCCAUGGUUUACUAGGGCAAUUUUUCCACCCAAUCGACUUCGAUAUACUUGAGGUCCAUCCUGGAUUGGAUCCAGAAAAACCAGAUGCCACCAUGAUUGUGAAAAAUAAACAGCUGACAGUAACCAGGGGAUGGCAGAAGGAUUACAUAGCUGAUGUCCAGCAUGGCACCAAUAUCCCUUGCUGGUUUAUUCACAACAAUGGAGACGGCCUUAUUGAUGGCAAUCAUACAGACUACAUUGUUCCCAGCAUAUUUUGAAAUAAAAAAUAAUAAUUAAAAAGAGUGGGGAUGAUGAUGGUGGUGGUGGUGGUGCUGGUGGCGGUGAUGAUGAUGAUGAUGAUAAAAACAUUCAUGCUAUGGUAAGUGUUUGUGAUAAAAUAUGAAGAAAUAUUUUAAUAGUGGAGAUUUAAUUGUGUAUCCAAAUAACUGAAACUGAUUUAUUCAUAAUACAAUUUGUAUAACUUCUGCUGAGAUUUAAUUUCAAUAAAUUGGAAAACUUUGCCCA